AUGUCUGACGUUGUUCUAAUAGAAUCAGAUGAUACAUCAAGUAUAGAUAGUUCAAAUACUGAUCUCACAACACGAAGCCAUGAACCUGCUAGACGUGGUCGAAAAACUAAAUCCAAACCUUCCAAUAAUACCAAAAAUGUUAAGCUUCAGUACAAAUUUUCAUGUGCAUUAAGAGAAGACCAUGGUCAAUCACUAUUUGGUGUUCAAUUUAAUCAUUUAUUAAAUGAAGACCAACCAUUAAUAUUUGCGUCUGUAGGCAGCAAUAGAGUUUCAGUUUACCAAUGUUUAGAAGAUGGUACUAUUAAUUUAUUGCAAAGUUAUGCAGAUCCAGAUACAAAUGAAACAUUUUAUACUUGUGCAUGGUCUGUAGAUGAAAACGGCAAGCCACUUUUGGCUAUUGCUGGAAAUCGAGGCAUCAUACGAAUUCUUAGUCCGGUCACUAUGUCAUCUAUUAGACAUUAUAUUGGUCACGGACAAGCAAUUAAUGAAUUACAAUUUCAUCCAAUUGAUACAAAUAUGUUGCUGUCAGUAUCUAAAGACCAUACUUUACGUUUAUGGAACAUCAAAAGUGAUGUGUGCAUUGUUAUAUUUGGCGGUGCUGAAGGCCAUCGAGAUGAAGUUCUCUCGGCGGAUUUUAAUAUUGAUGGUAAUCGUAUAAUGUCCUGUGGAAUGGAUCAUUCAUUAAAGCUAUGGAGUUUAGACAAAGACUAUAUCCAAGAUGCUAUUAAACAAUCAUAUUCUUUCAAUCCAAACAGAUCUGCUCGACCUUUUGAUACUAUCAAAGAACAUUUUCCAGUAUUUUCAACACGUGACAUACAUAGGAAUUAUGUUGAUUGUGUGAGAUGGAUUGGUGAUUAUGUUAUUUCCAAGUCAUGUGAAAAUUGUAUGGUUUGUUGGAAACCUGGACAUCUAAAAGAUACUGAACUUAAACCAAACGAAGCUGCAGUAUCACAAAUAUGGUACUAUGACUUUAAAGAUUGUGAUGUAUGGUUCAUUAGAUUUUCUAUGGAUUUCUCCCAAAAAAUAUUAGCACUAGGCAAUACCAUUGGUAAAAUAUAUGUUUGGGAUUUAAAUUCUAAUGACCAAGCAUCAAUGCGUGUAACUACAUUAGCUCAUCCAAAAUGUAAUACAGUUAUACGUCAAACUACAUUUAGUCGUGAUGGAAAUAUUUUGAUUUGUGUGUGUGACGAUGGUACUAUCUGGCGUUGGGAUCGAUUACAAAGUGUUUAA